AUGGCCUUACCGGCGCAUAACUGGCUAGAACCCAUCGGUCGUGUACCAUUACAGCGACUGACGUCUACGGCCGACGAUGAUUUACCCUAUCAUCUUAAGAGCUUCUGUGCAACUCCAAGAGAUCAGCCACUACGUGCAGUUAACAUGGCGAUAGAAACCAAUAUUGAUGCAAGACUAAAGCCACGAAAACCUUUGAAAGCAAAGUUAGAGGAGCUGCCACAAUUCCCCCGUUCCUCAAACUGUUGUAUCUAUAGAGUUCCACAGCGUCUUCGCCAAGAAAAUGAAAAAGCUUAUGCACCUCAAGUAGUCUCCAUCGGCCCUCUUCACCACGGGAAACAACACUUAAAAUCCAUGGAAAAAGAAAAACAGAGGUACCUGAAAGAAUUCCUUGAACGGACUGAUGCAAAAUUGGAGGAUCUGCUCAACUUAAUCACAGAAAAGGAACAACAAUUGCGUAGCUGUUAUGCUGAAGAAAUAGAAUUUGAUCGUGAGGAAUUUGUGGAAAUGAUCUUGGUGGAUGCAACGUUCAUCAUUGAAGUGUUAUUGAGGUCUCAGUUCCGAGAUUUACAAAAACAAGAAGACCAUAUAUUUGAAAGGCCAUUUUUGAUACAAGAUAUAUGGUACGAAAUGUGGUUGCUUGAGAAUCAGAUUCCAUUCUUCAUUCUUCAGGAUAUUUUUAACCUGGAGACUAUCUCUGAAUUAGUGAAGAAUUGGAAACCAAUCAUCGAGCUUACAUACGAAUUUUUCAAGAGUUUAGAAGCAGUAAAUGGCAAAUUAAAGAAGUUCGAGAACAAUAACGUGGAAGUGAAACAUUUCACUGACUUUAUAAGAACUUGUCAUCUACCAUCAGUUAAAUCGGCUCCACGUCCAAAGAAAAGAAAAGUUGUAACUGCACCAAGUGUGAUCCAACUCAACCAAGCUGGAGCGAAGUUCAAAAAGAGCGAAAGCAACGAGUCAUUUGAUAUAACAUUCACAAAGGGGACUUUGGAAAUUCCGCAGCUGAAACUUCAGCUUGAAACUGAAUCUUUGUUUCGGAAUUUGAUUGCUUUUGAACAACGUCAUUAUGUGGAUAAUUAUAUUAACGAUUAUGUUUUUAUCAUCAAUCAUCUUUGCAAUACUCCGAAAGAUGUUGAACUGCUUGUUCGAGAAAAGAUUAUUGAAAAUUGGUUGCCGGAUAAAAAGGGGGCAUCAACUCUUUUAAAUAACCUCUCAAAAGGGACAACUUUGGAUUAUGAGAAAUUUUAUUUUCUUAGUCUUUGUGAAGAUUUGGAAGACUACUGUAAGAAAAGGUAUAACAUGUGGAGGGCAACUCUGAUACAAAAUUAUUUCAACACUCCAUGGGCUAUCCUUUCGGUAAUUGCUGCUAUUUUUCUGAUUUUACUUACAAUUGUACAAGCCGUUUCUUCUGUUAUCCAAGUGGUGUCUCAACCACCACACAGCAGUUCUUGA